AUGACGAAGAGGAACGUGAAGAUCCUACUCUCUCUCUUCGCCUUCAACUCCUUCUGCCUCUACCUCUACUUCACCUACCACCCCGACGCCCACACACCUCCUCCACCAACCAACCACCGCCACACCUCCCAAACCCAAAUCCAAACCCAAACACAAACCCAAACCCUAACCCAAACCCAAACCCACCGCCACCACCACCAACAAAACCCCCUCACCAAGCCCUGGCCCAUACUCCCCUCCUACCUCCCCUGGUCCCUUAACCCUAACCCUCCCUUCAGAUCCUGCGAGGCCUACUUCGGCAACGGCUUCUCUCAACCCCUCCACCUCCUCAAACCCCCCUCCCUCAACCCCGCCGGCUGGUUCAGGUGCUAUUACAGCGAGACGCUGCGGAGCUCGGUGUGUGAGGGAGGGAGGAUCCGGAUGCAUCCGGAGAGGAUUAGGAUGUCGAGGGGAGGAGAGAGGUUGGAGGAGGUGAUGGGGAGGGGAGAGGAUGAGGAGUUGCCGGAGUUUGAUUUCGGGGCUUUCGAAAUCGAGGUUGUGGAUGAUGAUAGUGAUAGUAAUGGAUUGAGUGGUGGCGGUGGUGAUCGGAAGCUCGUGGAUUCGGAGUUUCUUAAUCGGUAUUUACAACGCGGCGGGAUUUCAAAGCACACGAUGCGUUCUUUGGUUGAUUCGAUUCAGUUAGUUGGCGCUAAAGACUUCCAAUGCUCUGAGACUUUUGACAGUGCUAAUGAACAAGUAGAGUGUGACCCCAAGCUUAGCAAGGCCUAUGGCACGGUUGAUGCCAAAGGAGAGUGGGUUGAGGAGCCGACACUUCUUGUCACACGCUUUGAGUAUGCAAAUGUUUUCCACACAGUUACAGACUGGUUCAGUGCAUAUGUGGCCUCUAGGGUUACUGGCUUGCCUUAUCGACCUAAUUUGGUUUUUGUUGAUGGUCAUUGUGUGCAGGCACCUUUGGAAGAAACAUGGAGGGCAUUGUUUUCAAACCUAAGAUAUGCCAAAAACUUUACUGGUCCGGUCUGUUUUCGCCAUGCUAUUCUCGCACCUUUGGGAUAUGAAACAGCUCUAUUUAAGGGGCUAACUGAAGACAUAGACUGUCACGGAGCUUCAGCGCAUGAUUUGUGGCAAAAACCUGAUGAUCGGAAAACUGCACGAUUACACGAGUUUGGAGAGAUGAUUAGGGCAGCUUUUGGAUUUCCAGUAGACAAACAUCGUACCUCAAAGCCAGUUUCAGGUCACAAUGUACUCUUCGUUCGACGCGAGGAUUAUUUGGCUCAUCCACGACACGGUGGAAAAGUCCAAUCAAGGCUUAGCAACGAACAAGAAGUGUUUGAUGCUUUGAAGAGCUGGGUGUCAGAUCAUUCAGAAUGCAAAAUAAACCUAAUCAACGGAUUGUUUGCACAUAUGCCGAUGAAAGAGCAAGUACGAGCAAUUCAAGAUGCUUCAGUGAUCAUUGGUGCUCAUGGGGCAGGUCUCACUCACAUAGUUUCUGCAACUCCAAAAACAGUAAUUCUAGAGAUCAUUAGUAGUGAAUAUAGGCGUCCACAUUUUGCUUUAAUUGCCAAGUGGAAAGGGUUGGAGUAUCAUUCUAUUUAUUUGGCUGGAUCGUAUGCCAAACCUGCAGAGGUUAUCAAAAAGCUCAGCAGCAUUUUAAAAGGUCUUGAUUGCUGAUAUUGUAUAUUGCAAGACUGAAGGAGUUCUACUCGUAGUUGCUUGAAAGUAAGUGUAACGGAUAUGACAGGACGUCCUCUGCACACUUAGAAUCUGCCACUGAGCCUGUGGAUUCGUGGUAAGUUUUCUCGCUUCAACACAGGUUUUAGGUUUUUUUGUGCUGCUUCCAUUUUACACGAGAGAAAUGAAGAUGGGAAACAUAGGUUCUCUUAAAAGGACUUUGACUUGUGAACGAUUUUGGAGGUGCUGCUGAUAUUGAUUUGUUAUGGUAUAGAGAAAUUGGUUACAAAUAAUUGACGGGCCUACCGAAUGAGCUGUUCUACUGAGGUGUCAAGGAAAGAUGAUCACAACAGGAGAGGUUGAUAGUUUUUGAGAUGGUUGAGAGUGUGUUUCUUCGCAUUCCAAUUGUCAAUUUCAAUCUUUUCUCGAUUGUAUUUUGUGAGGGAGAGAGCCCAGGAGUUCCAAUUCUUUUCGGUUACAGGAAUGUAGUGUUGUACCAUAAGCUUAGUUGUUCAAUAGCCGGUUUUCUUUUUCAUUGAGGGGUGUUUUUUACGGGCAGUUGACUUGCCCAUCACUAUUUGCACAUCAAUAUUCCCAUC